GGGAAGCGGCAGUACUGUGUGUUUCCCAUAGAUUGUGUCAGACACGGAGAUGGGUUGCUUUGGCAGAAAUCAAGACAUGGGAGGACUACGCUUGUAAAUAGACAAAAGCAAAACUACAACAGACAUGAGAGUUGUCGCUGUGGCCUUUUACGCUUGUGCGUUAGGGCUUCUGGCGAUGGGCCUGCGAGAAUUAUUGUCGGGAUUCGAAGAAAAUAGGUGUAGCAUGACCUAUAUGUUCGAGUACCCGGAGUACCGGCGGGUGCUCCUGCCGCGGCGCGUGUCCAGGCUGUACCCUGCCUACGGGCUGUACCUGUACGGCGAGGGCCAGUACGCUCAGGAGACACACACACUGAAGCUCAGCGGCACCCCCGUGCUCUUCCUUCCUGGCAACGCAGGCAGCUACAAACAAGCUCGUUCGCUGGGCUCCGUGGCCCUGAGGAAGGCAGAGGCCCUGGAGGGCGGCCUGCAUCUCAACGUGUUCACCGUGGACUUCAACGAGGAGCUGGUAGCGCUGUACGGAGGCAGCCUGAGGAGACAGACUCUCUUCCUGCACGAGAGCAUUAAGGCCAUCCUGCGGCUCUACAAGCACCGUGAAGCGCCCCCCCGCAGCGUGGUGCUGGUGGGCCACUCCAUGGGCGGGGUGGUGGCCCGGGCCCUGUUCACCCUGCCCCGCUUCAGCCCUGCCCUGGUCAGCCUCAUCCUCACCCUGGCCUCGCCCCACCAGGCUCCCCCACUCUCCCUCGACACACAGCUGCUGGAGUUCUACUCUGCCGUCAGACAGAGGUGGGUGGAUCGGGGGGACGACUUGCGUAACGUGACGGUGCUUUCCAUCGGGGGCGGUUACCGUGACUACCAGGUGCGCUCAGGUCUGACGGCCCUGCCGUGUGUCACAGAUGACCCCAGCAAGCUGUCUUUGGUGGUCACAGCCGUCCCCAGGACCUGGGUGUCUACAGACCACCUGUCCAUCGUGUGGUGCAAAGAGCUGGUCCUCGCUUCUGUGAGAGCGUUAUUUGACCUCAUCGACCCCCAGUCAGGACAGUUUUCAGAGGAUCCAGAGAGGAGAAUGGCUGUUCUGAACCAUCACUUCAUCAGACAUCCUGUCCACAUGCUGAACGAACCACAAGAGGCCCCCUUCUCCUUCUCAGGUUCUCCUGAUGUUUGGAGCGAGGUGAACACACUUCGCCUGGCUUAUACCGCCCCGAAGGAAGGCCAAGUCAAGUACUUCCUGUUUGCGUUGUCCAGUCGCAGGAAAGCCUACAGUCACUUCUACUGCCGGAGCACAAGCCUGGAAAUGACCAGCUGGGUUUACGGUUGCACUCAGAGGAAUGGAUCUAUGUGUGUUCAAGCGGUAGAUCUGUCUUCAGGGACUGAACUUCUACCAGCCUACAAGGUUCUGAUCCUGAGGCUCAGAGAUAUGUCUGCAGUCUCUCAUCUGGUCGUAGGGGCCUCCAACCUCAACGGCAAGCAGUUCACGGUGGAGUGUGAGUGGCAGCGAGAGGAGUCUCAGACCAUAUCUGUGUCCGUGCCGCACGUUCUCUCCUUCGGUAUGACUGCUAGCGAUGCCACUGUCAACUCCUCUGGACUUCUCCACAUAAUAGAGCUGAAGCACUUUCACCAGGUCUAUCAGGCCUUUAGAAUCAACGUUGUGAGCCACUGCAAGGUCGCCAAAGACAGGCUGCCUAACGUAUACAGGAUGAAGGUGCCCUGGUUUAGAGAGGACUCACUCACCACUUCCAGCGUUCCCUCGGUAACGGAGCUAUCAGGCAUGCUCCACACCAGUCGCCCUGACAACACCUCAGGUGUCCUCCUGCAGCUCCACACUGCCCCCAACUGCCAGUACAAGGUGUCAGUGAGGACUUCAUUUCCCAGGGUGCUCGGACAGGUGCUGAGGGUGUGUGGCCAGGUGCUGCCUGUGUACACGGCUGUAGCGCUCCUCCUGGCCUGCAGGGGGCAGCUGUCCUCCAUCGUAAGGACGGGGGGCUCUCUGGAGAUGAGCCAGGCUGUGGCAGGAGGCCUGCAGCCCCACAAAGUAGACCUGCCCAUCUACCUGCUGCUGCUGCUGCUCAGACAAAGCUGGUUCCAGGAGGGCUGGUCGGCUCUCUGUCUCCCCCCUGUGGACGCGCUCCCCUCCACCUCCCCUGAUGGUUCCUCCCACACGGCCCCGCCCGAUGAAUGGCCCCGCCUCCUGGCCCCCCUGCUGUACGUGCUGGGAGCUGCUGUUGCAUUCUGGGGCAGCACAGUCCUCCGGCUCUCCAUCCACCUCCUGUCUUUGCUGCUGGCUCCCCUGCACGGACCCUCUAUCUCUCAAGACUGUGGCACCCUGCGUCUUCGCACCCAGCUCCUCCUCAUCCUGUCUCUCAGUGUCCUGGGUGGAACUUCCUGUGGAGCCCUGUCAAUCACUGCCAGCUUCCUGCUUCACCUCUAUAGAGUGCUAAAACUUCAAAUGACAGAGAGGUCGUUGAGUCACAUGCUUAACCUGGCACCACAGAAGCAGAGGGAGCAGGAGAACGGCAGCACGGACGUCAAGCCGCACGCCACGCCGAGGGAGUGCAACGGCGCCCCCCUGCUGUCGGAGUGUGUACUGCAGGGCGUGAGGUCCGACCUGCAGCUCCACCUCAGCCUGUCGGCUCUGUUUACCGUGCCGCUGAUGCUGAGCGCUCCCUCGCUCCUGCACUGGGCACGCAGCCUGAGGUAUUCCACUCAGCUAGAUCCUGACCCCUGCUGGCCUCACACUGUGCCUCUCCUCAUCGCCAAUGUGCUGCUGGUCAACUGUGAUGUUGUGAAGCUCAGCAACAGUAAACUCCUGCCUCUGACGUCAUACUUCCUGCUGCCCAUCUCAAUCGCCAUGGUGACCUUCUCACCGCUCCAUCUAUACCGUGUGACCUACUUCCUGUCGGCCGCCCUGCCCCUGCUUGCCAUUUCCUGUUUUGUGUGAUGCAUGUCACAGAGAGCCGGCUGUGGGCUGGGCCUCAGCCCUGAAACAGCCCAGGUCAGGGGUGUACAAGCAGCUCAGUCAGUCUCCCACACGCUGCUCUUGAGCAGAGAGACACAGAUAACAGUAUUAACCCCUUCCUAAAUCCACCCCUCACUACGACCAGCUUGGUUUGGGAGAUCUAACGCGCACAGACGAUGGUUCAUCCACUGGCUGGUUGAAAUGCCCAUCCUUCCAGCUGUCCAGUCCACUCAGACCUCCAGAAAGGUUUACUCUGUCAGCUGUAGGGUCUGGUUCUGUGCCACGUGGGCACCAUAGGUCUGUCUGGAGAGGAUGUAAUCAGCUGGUAGUCUUUGAUGCUUCUUUAGAAUUUGUGUGAUUUACCCUACAGCUCCACUCUGGCUCACCUGAGGAGGAACCAGAGAUUACAACCUGGGUGUUACUGAUGUGGUUUCAAUACAAAUACACUACUGUGGGCAUUUGGUAUGGUAUGUUUGUGAUCUCGAGGGUGUGUGUCUUGAAGAUGGAUGGAUGGAUGGAUGGAUGAAUGGACGGCCAUUGUCAUCCCUCUACCUUACCUGUCGAGGGCCCUGCUCACCUGGGCUGCUACUCAGCACCAUGCUGUCCUCAACUGUAGAGCUGUGAAGCUCUGAGCCUUAACCCCCCCCCCCCCCCCCCCCUGCUCAACACCCAUCCUCCACCUCAGAAACCACCACAGCUACAGGAAUUAGGUUCAUUUGAAUGUAACAGGAUUUUCGCUGGCCCAGGUACGUAGAUGACAAAUCAUCGUAUUAUUAUGAAUUGACUUUCAUUAUAGUCAAGUUGCAAAUCUGGUUGUUUAGUUACUUUAGAGCAUAAAUACAUAAUAAUGGCUUACAUUGUUCAUACAUUUUCAUUAAGGGGAGUCUGGCAAGUUUGAGUAAUAAGGUUUUUAAAAUGUAUUAUUGGUUAAAAUUGUCCUUAACUAUCAACUGUUUAGCCUCGGAAUUCAAGAUGGAUCCGCUGGUGCUGGGAGAUAUAAUUGAAAUAUGGUGAACGUCUUUUAAACUUGUAAAACGCUGAAGCAAAGAUGGUGUCAUAUCACUGUCACUGGCACACUAUGGCCAGAACGCCUGUUGCUGUUUAACUGCUGUGCGUUUUGAGAUUUUUGUUGGUUUCUUUUUUUGGGUUGCCAAAACUUUAGUUUGUUGAUGUGUCUACACUUUGACACUCACCAGCGUCUGUUCUUCAGCUCUCGGUUGAUAUCUGUUGGUCAGAACACCCAGUGCCUUUCUGCCGAUAAGCCCCCUCAUCUGUCAACACACCUGGCCAGACACUCUUGUCACAGAGACCAGCACCUCUGACAAACUGAUCUAGCCUCUGCUGUUUCCUGCUGCAGGCUACAACCUGAGCAACCCCACCUGAAAGUUACGAGAAGGUUCUAAGACAGCCUUUCUCAUCCCUGGUCCUACAUGUUCUAGAUGUUUCCCUGCUCCAACACACCUGAUUUAAAUGAAUGGGUCUUUAUCAAGCUCAUAGGUAACCUGGUAGCGAUCCUUUCAUUUGAAUCAGGUGUGUUGGAAGAAGAAACGUGUAGAACAUGCAUAUGAGGACCAGGGCUGCGAAAGGCAGCUUUGAGUUCGGGGGAAUUUCACAGAUGUCAGUUGUCUUUCAGUAACACCACAGCAGUAAUGGACCACUUUUUUGCCUUUUGACAUGAUAUUAUAAACAUGGUGUUCUGUUAACGUAUGUGUGCUGGCAGCUGCAACCAACACUUCUUUUCAAGUAUCACUACUAUCGACAGAGAUGUUAACACAACAGGCUAAGAAUGAAAACCUUUCUAUACUCCUGUCCGCUCCUGGGACCAAAACCACACACACGCUCCCUCCACAGUGACACCCGUGUCACAUGCACUGUGAAUGUACCUGUGUCUGUGUGUACAGGUAUAUACUAUUUGUUUGAGUGUAGAGAAGAUGUUGCGUUAUCGACACUUUUGUGUGUACAGUAUGUCUCUAUAUAGGGUACUAUUUUAGUGCUUUUAAAAUGCACUCUUUUCUCAUUCCAAACGUGAACAGAUAGCUAUAUCUUGUGGUGAAAGUAGUAGAAAUGACAGUGUUUUCUAUGAACAUGAUUGUGUUUUUUUUAUUGGUGUUCACUGUGACCGUGCCGUAACUUCUCAAGCAGAUAUGGAGAGUAUCGUAUCCUCAGUCAAGUCUAUAAGGAAGCUCUCGUUCUGACACAAGCUCUGAAAAUGUCCCUGACCUACUGGUGAAUUAUGCUCACGUUUGUUAUGAUGGGAACUGUUAUUCAACACAGACAGUUGCUACAAGGAUAUCUGACAGAUUUCCUUGUAGCAACUGUGACAGGACUUAAAUCAAGACGUGUUUCAGUGUCUUCUGACGUCUAACCUGCUUUGGUGGACCUUCGACCAAACGGUCUGCAGCUGACUUGAGAAUCAGCUGAUCAGCAUCUCCAUGGUUCCUCAAUAUAUACAGAAUUUAGCCAAUAUUAUGCUGUUCUGCUAGUAAAGAGAAGACCCAUGGUAAUGUUAUUUAACUGUUAAUGAUUCAUUUGCGAGCUGCCUUGAAAUCCGAAGGAAUCUUUAUGUUGUACAUAAAAAGUGUCAGAUGUAAGUAGACGUGAAUAUCAGUUUCAUUGCAGUGGCUGAUGUUGUAUUUGAACCCGUGAGACAACCAGAGUCCUUAGUUAAUUGUGUGGAUUUCCAGACUUGCACAAGAGAUGACUGCAGUCAUAACACAAAUAAAAACCAUGACAGACUCACAUUAUGCCUGGCAUACUGUAUUGAUUCCUUAUGACACCUUUGACACAGUGAACAACGUUGUCAUGCUUUUACAUGGGCAGUUUGUGAGUAAAAGCUGUUAAUUGUGGAAGUGAGCGUCGAAUUAGCUGUAGCGUGACUAUGUAAACACUGCAUCGUGUAGUUAAGCUAAUAAUUCGGUCUCGCAUCGUUUGUUCCUAGAGUGAUUUCUCUAUAACCUUGUCAAUAGCUGAUCCUAAAAGAGACCGUUCUUAAAGACCUUGCUGAAGCAGAUUGGUUAGCUGGGCAUUUUACUGAAAUUGAAACCAGAUUGGACAUUGUCUAAGGGAUAUUUUGUUGUUGUUUUGGGUGGUGUACAAUGGAUAGACUUUGGCAUACCCAAUUCUCAGGUUUAAGCAUUGUCAUAAGAAAAAAGUUUUGUUGUUUUUAUAUUUUUCAAAUUUUUAAAUCAAUUGUUAUGAUACAUGGGAUGUUGUGGAAUUUGUAAGCAUUAUUGCUGUUCAAAUAAAAUUGGGAGACGCA